UGUCAAGCCCUUUAUGGUUAUUUGAAUAUUUCGAAUAUAAAGGUGUAAGCCACGACUCCCUCUCUUAUUUGAAAUACUAAGCGCACUAAGAAUCCAAUCUAACUAUGCGCUUAAUUCCAUUCUAGUAUUGAGAAUUCUGAAUCCAAUCUAACCAUGCGCUUAAUUCCAUUCUAGUAUGGAGAAUUCUGAAUCCAAUCUAGCUAUGGGCUUUAUUCCAUUCAAUGAAGCAACAAGAUAUUCAAGUAUUGAGAAUUCUGAGGACGCAUUCAAGCGGACGAAGAAAAUAGCAUAGCAGGCAAGGUUAAUGGCAAGAGCAGUCGCAACAGGGAUUUCUGCAUUAACAGAUGAUUUGCUUACAACUCAUAUUUUGUCAAAUAUUUCUUUCAGAGAUGUUGUGCGCUCUUCCCUUGUCUCUCACAGAUGGCGAUACUUGUGGAAGAAAUUACCAUUUGUCAUUUUUUGUUGCCAAGAUUUUGAGAACCAAACAGAUAACAAGAUAGAAGCCAUAAUUGAAAAAGCCCUGCUCCACCACGAUGGUCGUCUUUGCUGUUUGGACGUUGAAAUCGCCAUGGAUGACCCUAAGACUGCCAAUAUCAACAAUUGGAUUCGCCUUGCAGCUGAAAAAAAGGUGGAACGCAUGCAUCUGUAUAUCUCUUAUAGAGAUCCAGAGAGGAGGCUUGAUGCUUCUUCCGUGGUGGAGCUUGGGGACUCUGUUUUUAGCUGUGAAAACCUCACGGCUAUAAUAGCUAAAUUCAUCAAUCUUCCCCAAAUACUCACUGAUUUGGGGGCUUUCCGAUUCCUGAAAACGCUUUAUUGUGACGCCAUUUUCAAUAUGGAUGAUGCCAUGUUUGAGGGAUUCAUGGCCCUCUGCCCACAUCUUCAAAAUUUGGGAAUUCGCGGUUGUUUAGGGUUGAAACACUUGAAUAUACGUUUUCCCAAUCUUAAAUACCUAGAUCUAGGAAUUUUAAGCCGUGAUACAUCAUUGCAGGUGGCUUGCCCUCUGUUGACAGAAAUCUGCCUCAUGGACUAUGAGCAAUACCAAGGGCUUAGAUUACUACAAGGAAUUUCAAGUUCAGAAUCUGUUACAAUAAUUAAUCUUCAAAAUUAUACUAGAGGCAAUGCCAUCAAUCCAGGACUUCCUAGUAUUUCUGUUCUUAAUGGGUUUCCUCGGCUCGAACUGUUGAAAAUCCAUGGCCCAUGUUUCAAGGAUAUGAUAUCAGAUGAGAUUUCAAUAGCAGAGUUGACAUUGCCAAAUUUGAAGAUGGUGCAUGCCCAUAUUGGGCAAUACAAGGGUGGACAAUCGGUGAAAUUUUUGGGUUUUCUUCUGAGAAAUUGUCCAUUAACUGUAAUAAGGAUCUUAUUGACAAAAGACUGCCAUGGAAUCAUACAAAAUAAAUUUCUAGAUUUGAAAAAGGAGUUCCCAAAAUCAAGAUUAUCCAUUGACACAAGAAGAAGACCAAUGAAGUGGGAUGAACUUUGUCAAUCUUGUGACAAAUAUAUUGAAUAUUUAUGAUAGAUUAGCAGAAUUGAGUUAGUAUUACGGAACCUCAGGUAAUUGUUGGGCUAGAGAAGGAUGUACCAUUCGAUACAGAAAUUUCAUAUUGUGUUAAGAUA